AUGUCAAUUAAUACAGCUCACACACAAGAUGGAUUAGGAGUAGUUCUCUUUUACGGAGAAAGACUUCUUAUUACAUAUGAUGGAUGUAAGCUUACACUUUCCGGUUCGGGCCAGCAGCCUAAUGGGAGGUACUCAGGAACCGCGUAUCUUACAUCACAUCGAGUGAUAUUCCUCUCCAAAGAUAAAAGUCCGACACUUAAUUCACUGAGCAUGGCCUUCAUCUAUAUGAGACGUGUAGCAAUCAAGCAGCCAACGUUUGGACCCAACCACAUUGAAGGUUUUGUGUUGUCUGAAUCAGGCCAGUGGGCGGGUGAGAUGCCCUUUAAGUUAGCGUUCAACCAUGGAGGAGCAAUUGAAUUUGGAAAGAGCCUUCUUGAGCUCGGUACUCGAGCUUCCAAACUACAGAACUCAUACGAGACUCCCGUUGCCCCACCACUCUGCGAAAUUUACGCCUGUCCUCCUCCGGCCUACACGCCUUUCGUGAACGACCCCUACUACAACUCAUUUAUGCAGGUGCAUCCUUCUUUCUCUCCGCCACCAGUUGAGUUUCUGUAUCAGACGAACUCUCCACCGCCCUAUCCCGGCGCUGUUCCUCCGCCUUACACACCGAAUCCGGGUCCACCGCCACCAUACACAGCGACUGCGGCGAGUCCGAUGCCGCCUUACCCAGUCGGCGGCCCGCCACCUGUUAACACCGGGUAUUACUAUCCAUCUGAUCCCAAUACCUUCUACGCUCCACCCUACAGUCAGGCGUCCGCACCUCCCAUGGAACCGGAAGAUAAGAAGAAUCUUUGA